GCCUUACACGGGUGGGUCUCCUGCAUGAGGCUCACUUGUUCCCGGCCGCCCGUCAUGGCGACCCUGGGCCAGCUGGUCGCGAAUAGCCUUUGGUUUGCCUUCGACGCCCUUGACCAACAGAAGACCGGUGUGGUGCCCAAAAGCCAGUUAAAGGUGUUGACGCAGAACGUGGGUGUGCUGCUGAAAGUGGACAGGCGCGUCGAGAACUGUAUCGCUGAGUACCUGAGCUCCCAGCACCUAACCUUCGAGCAAUACCUCUACUUCCUGACACAUGAGGUUCUGUCGGAAGUGGAUGAUGGAUCAACAAGUUACGUGGGUCUGAAAGAACACCAUGACUCCCUCGACCACACCUUCUGGCUGCUGGGGCGCCACAACCUCCUCCAGCGGCAUUACCCAGUCUUCUCCGAGGACGCGCUGUUCAAACUUUUCAGAAUAUUUUGUCUACUGGGAGACAGAUCCUCAGAGAGAAAGGAACUGUCACAGGUGAGUCUCAAUGUCGGGGAAGUGCGCGAGGUGACGAGGAACUUGGUGACCAGCCUCGGGCGGGAGUGGGAUAUGCGAGAUUUCAAUCAAUUGGCCACUGUCAUAUCCCACUUCACCUUCCCGGUUUUCAUCACCUUCCUGGAGGGUCGCUACAUUCAGGACACGGAACUCACAGCUCUGGAGAGUGCUGUGGAUGAUGUAUAUGACCACUUUGUUCAGCAGGUUUUAAAACGAGGCAAGGUGUACCAGCGUGCAUGGUGGACGCCACUAUGGGUGAAGCGCGAGCUGGAGGUAAGGCCAUGGGCUUUGAUAGCUCCUUGCUACAAACUCAACCCCAAAUCCGCUGCCAUAUCUGUAGUGUUGGGCCCGACCCACGUGCCACUCACGCCCGCCGCCACGGUCCACAACAUUCCCGAUGAGCCCGGCGCCCGCCAGUGCAGAUUCACGCUGUGCCUUGAGAGUAACAAGUUGGUGCAGCUGGCCGCCACUGAUCACAGAAGCAAGAGUGAAUGGUUGAGGGCUUUGGACGCCGCCAUUCAUCACUCCCAGGAGGCGCUGCCGUACCACGCCAUACAGUCAGCAACAAGAAAACUGGAGCACGCCGAGGAAGAGGCAAGGGAGACGGCGGAGCGCAUCAGGCGGGACUCCCAGGCUGAUAUCAUUGAAAAUACCCAAGCAGAGCUGAUGGCCGAGAAAAUGGCUCGCGCGGAAGCUGAAGCAGCAGCGCGCGAGGAAGCAGCAGCCCGUCAGGCAGAGGAGAAGAGGGUCCUCGAACUUCAAACACUUCGACUUCAACUGGAGACAUUACUUGAAGAGGAGACUCAGGCUAAAAGAGACGAAGAAAUCGUUCGAAAUCUACAAGCCCGAGUACUGCGAGAGGAGUGGGAGAGACGGGAGGAACUAGAGCAGCUUCAGGAGGAGCAGAGGAAGAUGUUGGCUGAGGAGACCAAAAAACGACAAGAGUUUGAACGCCAGCAAGAAGAAAAAGACUCUCAGCUCAGAGAGGCAGAGAAGAUGCUGAGGAAACUUGAAAGUGAGCGGCUACGUCUAGACCGAGACCUGCGCAGCGCUCGGGAGAAAAUAGUCAUGUCUGAGCGAGGGAAGGAGCUCCUCGAAGCUAGGAUGAAGGUGAAAGAGAGGACGCCACCGGUUCGUACGUACUCGUUGCGUCCCGUCAGGAAGGAGCGGGGAAAUAUUCCAAAGCGAUCUUCUUCCUUCAACACUCAAGCUGCUAGACUUUUCAAAUUUCGAACAAAAAAUGAGGAAAAUAAUGAAAAUGGAAGUGAAAAUAGUAACGGAACUGUGGAAAGUAACUGAAAUAUAUGAAAACUAUCAUUAUCCUUCCAUUCCUGAAAUCUAGUUCCCAAAACAGUGUUUUGUUGUACAUUACACACGCAGUUACAUUCACAUUUAUGAAACGUCAUUGCAGUAACUCAUACCAGAGUGAUAUGAUAUACGUACACACUAAAGUGCAAUAUUACAUGACAGACUUGCAAAUAAGUAAUUUCAUAUUUAUUGUUGUCCUUGCCAAAUACGUACUUAUUCAAUCUUAUGCAAUGUUUUUGUUGUCAAAUGAAUUUCAGUAGUCAGCUUAUUUAACACCAACUUUGUGCAAAAAGAAUAAUUUGGGGAUCGCUGAAAGUUUAAACUCAUUAAGAACCCCUAAAUGCUUGUGCAAUGGCCAACAGUGCUUGACUCGGUGCUGGUUCACUUGGUACCUGCCGUGGCACACUUAUGCCAUUCUUUUCUUGCAUCUCUCUCUCUCUCUCUCUCUCUCUCUCUCUCUCUCUCUCUCUCUCUCUCUCUCUCUCUCUCUCUCACU